GCGGGCAGCGCGCGGGGCGCGGGGCGCGGGGCGAUAGCAGUCAGGGCCGGGGCGGCUGGCAGUGGGCACAGGCUCCCCGGUGCCCGCCCCUCCGCCGGGAGGGGGGCGCGAGCGGGCGGCCGGGGAGGGGCCGGCACCGCCACGGCAAGAUGAGCCUGCUGUCUGCCAUCGAUACGAGCGCCGCCUCGGUGUACCAGCCGGCCCAGCUCCUCAACUGGGUCUACCUGUCGCUUCAGGACACACACCAGGCUAGUGCCUUCGAUGCCUUCCGGCCCGAGCCACCCGCCGGCGCCGCGCCCCCGGAGCUUUCCUUCGGCAAGGGCCGCCCGGAGCAGCUGGGUUCUCCCCUGCACUCCAGCUAUCUUAACAGCGUCUUCCAGCUGCAGCGCGGAGAGGCGCUGAGCAGCAGUGUGUACAGGAAUGCUUCACCCUAUGGCUCCCUCAACAACAUCGCCGAUGGCCUCAGCUCCCUCACCGAGCAUUUCUCAGACCUGACGCUCACCUCUGAAGCCCGCAAGCCCAGCAAGCGGCCUCCUCCGAACUACCUAUGCCACCUGUGUUUCAACAAAGGACACUACAUUAAGGAUUGCCCUCAGGCACGGCCCAAAGGCGAGGGCCUGACGCCUUACCAAGGCAAGAAGCGCUGCUUUGGCGAGUACAAGUGUCCAAAGUGCAAGAGGAAAUGGAUGAGCGGGAACUCCUGGGCCAACAUGGGGCAGGAGUGCAUCAAGUGCCACAUCAACGUGUACCCGCACAAGCAGAGACCCCUGGAGAAGCCUGAUGGUCUGGAUGUGUCUGACCAGAGCAAGGAGCACCCACAGCACCUCUGUGAAAAAUGCAAGGUCCUGGGCUACUACUGUCGCCGUGUGCAGUGACCAUGGCCACCACUGCAGCACCCCCCGGCUGCCACCUCCCCGUGCUGCCCCAAGAGAUGAAUGUCCCUGAUACCUGAGGAGACUUCACAGGCUUGUGGGCUUAUGAAGGGGAGGCUCAUGUCCUUGUCUCAUGUGCACCUGAUAGGUGCAGAGACAGGAGCCUCCAGGACUCUUCCCCAUAGGCCUGGGCUCUGUAGGGGGACAGAGACCAGCAGAGGCCUUAGUGUCCCUGCAGCAGGCUCUCUUCCUGAGUAUCUUUGGGGCGAACUGUGAAUCCUGAGGCCUGUGGGAGUCAUCCCUCCAGGGCCAGCCAGGCACUAUCUCACCCAGAACUGUGCAGCUUGCCUCCUCUGAAAAACCACUCUAGGGAAGUCCUGUUUCAUUCCCAGUCCGAAGCCACAGUAGGCAGUCACUUGUUCUAGCAGCUGCUGAGGAGUGGUCCUCUAUCUGUCCACAGAGUCCCAAAUCUGACCAGCCCCUGGCAUCACUACAUUGUAGCUGGUAGCUAAAAACAGCUUGCUUCCCUCUGUCGAUGGGACAGGCAGGCAGGAGUGGGCGGGGGGUGAGGAAGGGAACAGGACACAUUGAACAGUGAACGUGUUCUGGGACAUCAGGCACUACCACCUCCCAUGACCUCCCUGAGACUGUCCUGUAGGUUUGGGUUCUUCAGAUGCCCUCUCUUCACUGUUAGCCUCUUAUCCAUGUCAGGGAUGCCACCCCACAAAAACCCAUUCUGGCGUGAAGGAUGCAGGCCCUGGCAUUCUGGAGCUACUUUAUGGCACCCGGGGCCAUAAAGAACAUUUCGUCUUCAGCUUCAGUGUCCCCAUUAGUUAAAUGACAAAGUGCCACCAGAAAGCCAAGAGGCCCCAGUGAUCUCUGGUGUUCUAAAAGAAAGCUGACUGCCUCUGGAACACGGAGUAUCAUGGGAGAGGAGGGUGUUAUGCCUCUAGGUGUCCGGUAGCCGUCCAGGUGCACUGCCCUCCACACCUGUUUCUGAGAGACGCAGAGGAAGUUAGGCUGAGUGAGGUCAGGGUCUCUCCUACAGCCCUCCCUGCUUGACUUUCCCAUUCCCUGAGAAGAUGAAAGAUGAUCUCCCCCUCUCCUCCUUUCCAAGGUCUCCUCAGCCCCUCCCACUGGGCAAGCCUAAAAUGAGCCACAGAACCUCUCCUUUGGAAACGGAAUAAUUAUUUCCUACUUCUUGAGGAAGCAAAGAGAUUUCCUGGCAUGUCACAUGUCCCCGGGGGGCACCAUUGUCCUGGCCAGGGUCAGUGGUGCAAUCCCCACCCUGUGACAAGCCACACUUGUCUUUCUCCCCUACACCAGCUGCCAAGACCGAGUUGCUUGACUUUACCCCAAUACUAUGCCUCUAUGGAGAAAAAAAAAAAAAAAAAAAAAAAAAAAAGUCAGACCAUGAAAUAGGCCUGAAAUUCAGUGUUUACACAUGGUGCCCAGUUGCCCUUUGUUUUAGAAUGAAAAUGUUUUGUAUGACUGAGGAGUCAUGGUUAAGUGUUAACCAAGGGUCCAGGGAGUAAGUGGAAGAGAUGGGUGUCUGCAGCCAGCUAGCUGCAGGGUGGAUUUGGGGAGAACAUACCCUCUGAGCAUUUAACAAAGGUAUAUCUGUGCCAGUCCAGACUCCUAGCUGCCAUCCUGCUGCCUGUGAACGGUGGUGUGCCGGGCUGCAGGCUGUGAGCACCAGCAUCACAGACUCCCCAGUCUCGCUGCUGUACUAGGAUUGCCCCAUCCCAAGCUUCCUGUUUCUAGGAAGGGGCUUUUUCUGUCAGUCAUCCCACUGGGCCUCUAAAGAGAAUGUUCACAGCAGUGGACCAGUGAGCCUGUGUCCCAAGUGAGGACAAGUUGGGAACAGGUAAACUGAGUCAGAGAUGCAAAGAGCUCAGCGACAGUCUUCGGAAAUCCAGGGCCAGUAGAUGGUGAGCUGUCAACCUAAAGAGACUGUUUUGGAUACUGUACUGAUAUGCACAGCCAGGUCCUCACCUCAGGCAGCCCCUCCCUGGUCCUGCCUUGUAAUGCUUUGGCUGAACCUGUGAUCUUUCUGAGGCUAGCAAAAUAUACCACUAUCUAGGCUGGUGCUGGAAGAAUUAAUGCUCAGAGGGCCUGGGAGCCCAGGGGACAGGAAAGUGUGUGGUUUCAGAAUAUUCAAAAGGGACAAUCGCUUGCAGUAAGAAGAUCUAGCGAUCUAGUUGAGAGAGAAUGGUGUUUACCCCGUAAGAAGUAUUCAAUAGCUCUACUUGUGAAUUUGUAUUUAUUUUGAGUUAUACUUGACAGAGAAUUCUUUUAAAAAAAUGCUAUGUGUGUAUUUUGGGAAAAAAAUUCAUAGAUGUUAAAAUUUCUGCGUGGUUACCAGUUUUUCUUACCAUACAGAACUUGGUGGCCUCUCCCCCCAAAAAUUCUUCAUAGUGAUUUUUGUUUGUAUAUAUUUGAGGGUCUUUUUAAAAAAAAGAAAAGAAAAGAAAAAUAGGAUUGCUUUAUACUAUUGAAAUUGAAAACAACAAAAGGCAUUUUUUGAAACGUCAGUGCUUUUGAGAGUGCAAUCCAUAACACACAGAUUUCUAGAUGUAUUUUGCAAGUCUAGUUGAGCUAUAAGAAGAUAUUUAUGGUGAGAACUUUUCCUUUUUUCUUGUUAUUUUUUUCUAUGCCUUGGUCUGUAAAAAGUAUGCAACUGAACUACAUUAAGAAGGAAAUAUUAUCUACAUAGAAUUAUUAUAUGAAGUUGGUACAUAAUUCUAACGAGGAAAAAAAUCUUUGCAAUUCUUUAAGCUAUGUUGUUUUUCUGUUUUGUUUUCCUUGGGUGAAAAUAUCAGUAUUAAGCAACCAGUAUAUUAUUCAAGUGUUUAGACUUAUUACUAUGCUCUUGUCCUGUAUUUAUGCAGUUGUGUAUUUUGGAAGUAUUGCAUUUUUAAGGGGAGUUAUCAGUGGACAGCAUGGUAAAAAGGGAACAGCGACCCUUUGCGCCUCUUUCUGAGGUUGACAGGUGGCACUGCAAUCAAUCCUUUCUCCUGUAUCUUCCUGUUAUUACCUUGUUGUUAUGGUUUUAUUAAUUUUUUAGGGGAGGGCGGGGAAUGAACGAGGGAAGAGUUUGGAUGAACAGGUCCUCACAUCUGCCGGUCUACUCUCCCUGCCAGCAAGGCCCAAGGAGGCACAAGGAAACAGGAGGUGGGCUUCCUCCUUGCUGGAGUCCUGCCUCUCAGCUCCAUGCUCUUUGAACUUGGAUCUGUCCACCUGAGCCCUCAAUGCCCUCUAGCAUCUAAUGGACUUGAAUCUACUCUAAACAAAAGUCUAAUCCAACCUCACUACAUUGUAGCCAGAGCAAAAACUAAUACUGAAGUAAGGGGUGUCGCAGCCUUCUGGGAGGUGGCAAUGAGGAUCAUCGUUUGCUCUCACGGCUAACUUCCCUGCACCAACCCCGGCACCUCUGUGUGGUGACUCUGUCCAUGUCUGUGUCUGUUCAUGUGUGUGCAUUCAGCUAAAAAGACAAACAGAACCCGUGAGCCCCGCCUGGAGGGUACAUGGAGAAGGUUCCUGACUUUCCUGAAGGCCGGCCUCGGGGUGGCAUUCCGUUGUGUGCCUUAUUCCUGGAGACUCUAUAUACAGCUUGCCUAUGACAAUAUAGCCUUUCUGUGCUGUAUUAAAAAGACUUUGGAAAAGAA